GCAGUCUACCAUCGAUCAACGCGCGGGUGACUGCAGCAACGACAGUGCUGCGCGUGCCCACCACACUAGAACAGCGAGGCGUCACAACAAAGCUGGGUGUCUCACCUAAACACAAAGGAAGAAACAUCAGACAGUGAUGUGGAGAUCAAAUGACAUUUUGGUAGAGGAGAGACCAAGUAUGUCAUCAGCCUAUUUUGUCCAGCAACCUGAGCUUCAACAUACACAUCCUGACGAAGCAGCAGUUUGCAGCAUUAUGGAGCAAGAGGAAGGAAAGAUAGUUGAAGGUAUAGAGGAAGAAACAGAUGAGAUCAUGGAUUGUAAAGACAAACAGAACGUCCAGUCCACCCAGAGCACCAGCCUACCUGUAUCUCAAAGCCUAGCUAAUCAAAGUCAAGCAAGUGCUACUGAAUAUGCAACAAAUAUACAACAAAUAUACAACCCGGUUGGUAAACUCCAGGCUUCCUGUGAAUUGCCCUGUCCUCGCUGUGAAAGACGGUUUACGAGUAUUCAAGGCCUAGAACGCCACAUGCAAACACACACUCACAUACAGCACUUUAAAUGCAGUCGCUGCAGAAGGACCUUCAGUACGCUGUUUAGUCGUCGGAGGCAUGAGAAAAAACACGAAAACCGAAACCGAAAGCCGGAUCAUCGCUCAAACACCACCUACGCUGUCAGUCAGAAUGUGCCUGGCAGUAGUGAAACUGUGAACACUGUCCAUUUGUCUAUAGGAGACAAGGUAUUACCAAACCCAGAUCCAGUGAAGUACACUACAUCUGAUGGUAAACAGAAGGGUGCUUCCAAUAAAAACAAUGAUGCCAAAGCCUCAAACAUCUGCAAAUACUGCAAAAAAGCUUUUAGGACUCAUGCGAGUCUAAGAAGACAUCAACGCAGGAUCCAUGAGUGCCAACUUCUUCCUAAAAGAGUCUUUAAGAACGUCACAAUCACACAAGAAUCUGAGGGAGAAAAGCUUGUUGAACCCUCACAGGACUCUCAAACUACAAGCCCACAGUGUAUGGAGAACACCAGUCAGGAAAGAGAGUACAUGGUUGACAUCUCUAGCAACAUUUCUGAGAAUCUCAGCUUUUACAUAGAUGGCAAAAUUGUAUCGACAAGCGCUGUAAGUAACUGUGGGAUGAUUCAGAUGACCUCUGAGGGCUCUGUGAUUGGGUUAAAUGCUAUUAUCAUUAGUCCUGCUCAAAUCUCACAGGUUCUUAACUUAGAAGCUAAUACUUGCACCUCUGACCUGUCCGGGCAAUCCUCCACCAAACGCAGAACUUCCACCCCACCUCUACUCCCACAAAUAAAAACAGAAUUGGAAUCCGAAUCCAUCUUAACAGCCUCAUCGUCUUCUCUGUCUUUGUCACUGACCUCUACAUCAGGAACUACAUUGGUCGCAACUCAUCUGCCCGAGUCUACUGAGACCGUUGCCUUCCAUGGGGAGAGAGCUGUCUAUCUGUCUCCCAAACUCAAGCAGCUCCUCCAGAAUCAGGAUGGCAAACCAGCACUUGCUCUAAUUACAGAUGGCCAGAAGCUGGGCACUCCAUUAUCUCUAACUGUUUUACCUCCAACAACUAAAUUUAAGAGACGAACAACAUCCCCUCCCAGCUCCCCACAACAAAGCACUGAUUUGACUGUAGAAAGUGUCAUUCCAGAUCUUGACUCUGCAGAAACCAAGGAUUCAAAGUUGGAGAACCAUACAUCUCCAGGGUUGAGUUUUCCAUGCAAUGAUGGAGUUGGACAUUUGAACCUGACCACAAAGAACUCUGAUGGAGUUAAUAUGCAACACGUUAUGCCACUAGAGUGCUCUGUAUCAAUAACUGGUGGAAACUCUUGUAAUCAACAGCCAUUGGACCUCUCCAACGCAAUGAUCAAUGAGGCCUUACCAGAGUCCAUUUUAGAUUUAAGUGUUAGUGGAAAGAGCUUAGAUUGUGACUCAGAAGGAGUCUACCUCACUCAACCUGCUUUUAGGAAAAGUAAACCCCACUCUUUUAUGCUUCAGAAGGUUCUUAUGAAUGAGUGUAGUGGUGUAGACAUUCCCUCUGUUGACGUUCCUGCUACAGCAGAUGUCUUCGGUAGUCCUGACAUAACAAACUUUGCAGUCAUGGCAAUGCCUGAUUCAGGUCUGCCGAACCCUGAAAAACUUUUGUUUGAGUUUACUCUUACUUCUGCAUCACUUGAUUCAACCAUGUCUUUACUUGCUCCUGUCAAUAUCCAUACAGCUGCUCAAAUCCCUCCACCUCAAGUUGUAUCUUCUUCCUCUCCACCUUUUGUAUCCUUUCUACCUACUCCUACAGUAGAGCCCAAUCAAAUUCAAACCCUUUGCUCCACUCUCUUGGUAUCUGACACUGUGCCACCCACAAGCACUGUGGAAGACUGCAUUGAUAAUCCUGUACAUCUCACACGGGGUGAUUUGAAAGUGACAAUCCCUGACUGGGUGAGCUCUGUUCCUGGAGGCGUGACCCAAACCCUUAUACCUGCAGCCCCUUCACUGAAUUUACAAGGCCCUCAUUGGGUCUCAGAUCCAGCUUUUUGUGAAGUAGCCCAGAGAACAUUGGUAGUAGACUCUGUGUUAGCUUCUGAUGUGCAGAUGUUUCCUCCCUCUCUGCCUAUAAACCAAUCAGACAUCACUCCCUUGACCUUUCCCCCAAACACUGUUGUGAUUGAAUAUACUGUUGCACUGCAAUCUACUGAAAACAUUCUGCCGUCCCUUCAAGCGAAUUCUCUUCAGUGUGUCUCUGACAAUAUAUCUGUAGAUACAACAAUACAGCAAGAGCCUCAAUCACAGCCUCCCAGUCUUGAAAACUCCACUCCAUUGCUAACCACACAGUCAACACCAACAGAGCAGUCAUCAACGUCUACAGAUGGCACGCCAACCCUUACUGCUUCCAUCAGUGCUGUGAAAGAAGAGAGCAAGGAAGAAGGGAUGCUUAACUCAGUCAGCCCUGCCAAUGCUAAUAUUCAGACUUCUGACUACUCUGAACAGAACAACAAUGUGGAAGAUGAAUUAUCUUCCUUGCAUUUUUUUUGCAAGAACUUCAUGUGCAAUGUUUGUGAGCAGCCCUUUCAGUCUAUGAAGAGUCUCAGUCAACAUGUAAGUGAGCACUCCAAGGAGUGGCCUUAUAAAUGUGAAUUUUGUGUGCAGUUGUUUGACAGUGACACAGGUUUGCUGGAGCACCGUUCCAGUUAUCACGGCAUCGGUAAAAUCUAUGUCUGCAAAACGUGUUCUAAGGAAUUUGCUUUCCUCUGCAACUUGGAGCAGCAUCAGCGAGAUCUUCAUCCUGGUCAGGAGUGCUCACACACCGAGGUUGUGCAUGGCAAAUUAAGACCUGAAAAUCAUAAUAAUCCCAAAUCUGACAUCCAUGCAGACCUUCCCCUCAUAGAGGGUAAACGAGAAUCUGACAACACAACCUCAAAAGCAGAGGUGGGUGACUUGGGCUCGAACUCUAACGAAGAGUUGUAUACCACAAUAAAAACCAUGGCAUCUGGAGGGGUCAAGCCGAAAGGCCCAGAUGUACGACUAGGCAUUAAUCAACAUUACCCAAGUUUCAAACCGCCUCCGUUCCCGUACCACAACCGGACACCAACUGGGACAACAGUGGCAUCUGCUACGAACUUCACCACCCACAACAUCCCUCAGACCUUCAGCACGGCCAUUCGGUGCACAAAGUGCGGCAAGAGCUUUGACAACAUGCCCGAACUGCACAAGCACAUAUUAGCAUGUGCUAACGCUAGCGACAGAAAGCGCUACACUCCUAAGAAGAACCCCAUACCACUUAAGCAGUUUGCGAAAGCGCAAAACGGAGUGUUAUCACCUGCAAAGAUUGUAAAUAGUAGACAGAAUUUUACAAAGAAGCUUACCUUCCAUGAAUCACCAGUCAAAAUGAAUAUCCUGAAUAAGAAGAAAUCUCAACUGAUGCAAAAGAGCAGACCUGCAGGGGGAAGAAAGGCCUUUGCUCAAGAUGACCUGGGGGUUUAUGCAUGUCCUCACUGCAGCAGAGAGUUCACGUAUAACGCCAGCUUAAAGAAACAUGUAGCUUUUAGCUGCCCCAUGAGACCUGCCAUUGGAAAAACAAAGAAAAGAAACCUCUGCAUCGUUUCAGCCCAAGAGAACAACGGAAGCCUUCGGAGACAGAUAGCAAAUCCACAUGGAUCGAACCACGGUCCAAAAAUGAUAACAAAGAGUCAAAUCAACAAGCCAAACACAUCAGUCGACACCACUCAGAAUAUCAGACUUAAAAGAUCCACUGUUCUGUCGACAUCUGUUGUUCAGUCUAGUAAAAAUGGCAGCUUUAUACCGCAGAUAGUCCUCUCCUCUUCUGCACAGGUUAACUCUCAGGAAGCGGCUGUUCGGGUACAUGUUUUAGGGAAUAAAGUGGAGCAGAGAGUGAAGGAUGUAAAGAUACAGCCCAGAAGAGAGGAGUGUUUGUCUCUGAGGUUGAGGGAGAGAGCAGGAGGACCUGUUACUCGUAGCAUCCAGCAGUCCACCGCCACAACAGGACUCCUUAAACACUCGGACAGUCACAACAUCAUCAUGCGUCCUGUGGUUUUACAAGUCAAGGAAUAAAAAUUGUGAAAUGAACAGAAAGUAUUGAUGUUAGCUAUUGUCAAGUGACUGGAUAUUGUUUAAAGCUCUCUUUGUUUAGGGUACCAAUUGAAAGACUAAAAUUAGAAUUCACUUAAUUUUUUAAUGGUUCAACACCUCAAAUAAAGCAAACUAUAGGAUCUUCAGUCAAACAGUAUGAACGUGAUCAUCUGACCAACUAGUCUUGUGUAAAUAUUUUUGCUGUCUGGAACAUUUUGUUGUGCUGGUGUAGAGGGUGCUCACCCCCAUAUAUCUGGAUAUUUAUUGUGCUACAGAAUUUAGUUCCUAUACCCUUUUCUACCACACCUGCUGUAGUUUUCAACUGCCCACGAAAACCUUCAUAACGUCGCUGUCGGAUUGAAACCUUGCAUCUCCAUUUUUCUCCAUUUCAGUUUUUUCAUAAAUUAUUAGUUACUCUUCAUGUUUGUGUUUGGGCUUUGCAAAUAUUUAACCAAUUAAAAAUAUUAAAAAGAGCUCAUCAACUUUGACAACACAGCGUUUAAUUCAUAAAAGUGGUGUGUUUUUUUAUUUCCUGUAAAGUGGCAGUUUUUGAGGUACAAGCUUUCAGUCUAACAGCAGCGAUAAGCAGGUUUUGCAUUGGAUUGGAAAAAAAGCCUGUUUAGGUAAAGAAUCAAGCAGCCCUGUGUUAACAGAUUACAAAAAAAACAUACAAAUGCCAUGUUAGAGAGUGUUUACAUUGCUGGGAGAGUGGUGGUCUCUUGCACUUUAUACUGUGCAUCAAAGCUAUUCAGUUUCAUUCCUGUUGAGCCACCGUACUGUUGAGUUUCAGUCCGUAAUUUUUCUUACACAUAAAAGGAUCGAGAACUCAAAGGAAUAGUUCACCUUCAAAAAGAAAAUUCUGUCAUCAUUUACUCACCCCGUUGUCAUUUUAAACCUGUGUGAUUUUCUUCUGCAAAACAAAAAAGAAGAUAUUUUGAAAAAUGUUGGUUAUACCAAAAGCCAUUGGUCCCCAUUGACUUCUAUUGUACUGACCAGACAAAACCAGUGUUCUGUUACCAACAUUUUUCAAAAUAUCUUUUGUUUCUUCUGCAGAAGAAAGAAAGUGAUACAGGUUUGAAAUGACAUGAGGACGUGUAAAUAAUGACAGAAUUUUCAUUUUAAAGGUGAACUAUGCCUUUAAGGUUACUCUUUAAAAGGAGGGUUAACGGGAUACUUCACCCAAAAAUGAAAAUUCUGUCAUCAUUUACUCAUCUCCGAGUUGUUCCAAAUCUGUAAAAGUGUUGUUGUUCUGAUGAACACAGAGAAAGAUAUUUGGAAGAAUUCUUAUAACCAGACAUAUUUUGCCCCCCAUUGACUCCCAUAGUAGGAAAAAUUACUUUAUCAUUUUUUUGGUUCUUUUGAACACAAAAGAAGACAUUUUGAAGAAUGUAUGACAACAAACAGUUCUGGGGCACUUUUGACUACCAUUGUAUUUUUUCCUUCUAUGGUAGUCAAUGGGGGGCAAAAUCUGUCUCGUUAUAAGCAUUUUUCCAAAUAUCUUUCUCUGUGUUCAUCAUAACAAAGACAUUUAUACAGAUUUGGAACAACUCGAGGGUGAGUAAAUGAUGACAGAAUAUUCAUUUUUGGGUGAAGUAUCCCUUUAAAUCUAAACUCUUCACGAGGGUGGCCAUCCAGGAGCUGAUUUUAUAGCCCUUCUGUAGAUCAUAUUCAUCUGUGUCUGAUGCACUGCAAUAAAAUCUAUUUAUUACUACUAAUUAUUUAUUAAUGUAAGUAUUCAGUGUUUAGGGGAAGACGGAUGUGUCUUAGUGAAGUUUACAGAUCAUGCAUUGUAACUGACUUUUGUAGGUGUUGUUGUGUUUUAUUUGUUAUAUACUGUAUGUGUAGCAUGCCAGAGGUCUAAUGUAUGAAUGAUAGUGUGAGUGUUGGUGUAUCACACUCUGCAAUAUAGCAGAAAGAAGGCAAGGCACAGAAUAUGCAGUAUACUGAAAACAUAUGUGCUCAAAUGGCAGGGUUUAUGUAUGUUCUGUUCACAAAGAAUAUUUAAUUGUUCAAACUUCUCUCUGUCUUUUCUGUAUUUCUUGUGUUUUAUUACGUUUAGCUUCAUUAUCAACAAAAUGAUGUUGGACUGAUCUUAUUAAUAAUAUAAUAAUACA